GGUGGCGGUGACCAUGAGCUUCUUUUGUAUGUGUCUGCGUUCAUAGAGAAGGAGGUGGGAAGUGACCUUAAGUCUUUGAAGACACUUGGCAAACUCAUAGAACAAAUGACAGAGAGCAAAGUGAAGUUAGAAGAGCAGUGAUAACAUUCAGCAGUACCUGAUGACCAAUAGUGUGCCAGAGGCAGCCUCUACCCUGGUGACCAUGACAGAACUGGACAUCAAGCUUCAGGAGUCAUCCUGUACUCAUCUUCUUAGUUUCAUGAGAGCCACAGUUAAAUUCUGGUAUAAAAUUCUCAAGGACAAGCUUACCAGUGAUUUCGAGGAGAUUUUAGCACAGCUUCAUUGGCCAUUCAUUACACACACCCAGUCUCAAGCUGUUGGUGCGAGCCGACCUGCCAGUACCCCUGAGACGUACGCUAGCCUGGAGACACUGUUUUGUCAGCUCUUGAAACUACAGGCCUCAGAUGAAUUAUUGACUGAGUCAAAACAACUCCCAGAAAAAUACUGUCUUCCUGCCUCUCCUUCUGUGGCCCUGCCCAUCCAGAUCAUGCUGGUUCCCCUUCAGAAGAGAUUCAGGUACCACUUCAGAGGCAGCCGGCAGACCAACGUCAUCAGCAAGCCUGAAUGGUACUUCGCUCAGGUACUUCUGUGGAUUGGAAGCCAUUCUCACUUUCUGGAUGAGAAGAUCCAGCCAAUACUGGAUAAAGUGGGUUCUGCAGUGAACGCAAGGCUUGAGUUUUCUCGCGGCCUCGUGAUGCUCAUCCUUGAGAAGCUGGCGUCUGAUAUCCCUUGCCUGCUCUAUGACGAUAGUCUCUUCUGUCAUCUGGUAGACGAGGUGCUGUUGUUUGAAAGGGAGCUGCACAGUGUCCAUGGCUAUCCUAGCACAUUUGCCAGCUGCAUGCACAUUCUGUCGGAGGAAACCUGUUUCCAGAGAUGGCUGACUGUGGAGAGAAAGUUUGCUCUUCAAAAAAUGGACUCAAUGCUUUCAUCAGAAGCUGCCUGGGUAUCCCAGUAUAAAGACAUCACCGAUGUGGAUGAAAUGAAGGUCCCAGACUGUGCGGAAGUCUUUAUGACCCUGCUUCUGGUUAUAACUGACAGGUAUAAAAAUCUCCCCACAGCCUCCCGGAAGCUGCAGUUCCUGGAGUUACAGAAGGACCUAGUGGAUGAUUUUAGGAUCCGGUUGACACAGGUGAUGAAGGAGGAGACUAGAGCGCCCCUGGGCUUUCGGUACUGUGCGAUUCUCAACGCCGUGAACUAUAUCUCAACAGUGCUGGCUGACUGGGCUGACAACGUGUUCUUUCUGCAGCUGCAGCAGGCAGCACUGGAGGUCUUUGCAGAGAACAACGUCCUCAGCAAACUGCAGCUGGGGCAGCUGGCCUCCAUGGAGAGCUCCGUCUUCGACGACAUGAUCAACCUCUUAGAGCGCCUAAAGCUUGAUAUGCUGACUCGCCAAGUAGACCAUGUUUUCAGAGAAGUGAAAGACGCGGCUAAGUUGUAUAAGAAAGAAAGAUGGCUGUCCCUGCUGUCUCAGUCUGAACAGGCAGUGAUGUCCCUGUCCAGCUCUGCCUGCCCACUCUUGCUGACCUUACGGGACCGGCUGCUUCAGCUGGAGCAGCAGCUGUGUUUCUCCUUAUUCAACAUCUUCUGGCAGAUGCUCGUAGAGAAACUGGACUUGUAUCUGUAUCAGGAAAUAAUCCUUGCUAAUCACUUCAAUGAGGGAGGAGCAGCCCAGCUGCAGUUCGAUAUGACGAGGAACCUCUUCCCUUUGUUCUCUCACUAUUGCAAGAGGCCAGAAAACUACUUUAAACAUGUAAAAGAAGCCUGCAUCGUUCUGAAUUUGAACAUCGGUUCCGCGUUACUCCUGAAAGACGUCCUUCAGUCAGCUUCCGAGCACAUUCCCGCCACAGCAGCCUUAAAUGAAGUUGGAGUUUACAAACUGGCUCAACAAGAUGUUGAGAUUCUGCUUAAUCUGAGGACAAACUGGCCUAACCCUGGAAAAUGAUGCAUCUUUGAGAAAAGGGUCAUUUAACAGAGCGGCAGUUGGAUUGAAGUUGUCUGAUAAAGUUCUGAAUUGAUGAAACUGGACAAAGGAAACUUGGCAGAAUCUUCUCUUGUCUUGAGUUAUGAUAUCACUAAAACAAUGGCCAUCCUCCACCCUCCCGUUCCUAAGAACAAAAGGAAGGAAAACAGCUGUGAGACGCAGAGUAAUUGUGUGCAAGUAGGAAUGCAGACAUCUGAAGACAGAAUGAGAGCAAAGGUCAGCCAUACCUGACCCCUGACCUCCACUGUCCUAAUCAAGGGGGCCGUUGUCAAAGGCUGGAUUGUACAAUGCUUACGGGUGCAAGUAGGUAGUGGAGGGUCCUUUUUCCAGUUUGGGAAUUCAGUGUUCAUAUAAGAAAUACACUUUGAGCUGCAAGUGGUGGGAGACACCUGUAAUCCCAGCAUUCUGAAGGCUGAAGCAGGGGGAUCACUGUGGGUUCCUGGGCAACAUAGUAAGAUCCUAUCCAUAUCAACAGAAAAAACCAAACCAAACCAAACCAAACCAAACCCCAAGACCAACAACACAGUAGUCUUAUGAGAUGGUGGUGAAGCUACCAUGGUUCUUAAUAUUCUAUUCUUAUGUCCUUCCGUUUAAAGUAAGUUUUGUGUGAGUGUGUGUAUGUGUGUGUGAGUGUGUGUGUAUGUGUGUGUAUGUGUGUGUAUGUGAGUGUGUGUAUGUGAGUGUGUGUAUGUGAGUGUGUGUGUAUGUGUGUAUGUGAGUGUGUGUAUGUGUGUGUGAGUGUGUGUGUGUAUGUGUUUGUGUAUGUGUGUGUGUGUCUGUGGUGUGUGUGUGUGUGUGUGUGUGUGUGUGUGAGUCAGAAGCCUACCUUGGAUCCAGCUCCUCAAGAUGCUCAGCUUGUUUUGAGACUGGCUCUCCCAUCUGGACUUCGGGCAAGCCCCGGGGUUCCUUCUGUUGCUGCCUCCCCUAGACAGGUAUUUCAAGUGUUGUAUAUCAUGUUAGAUUUUUCCCAUGGGUUUUAGGGAGUGAAUUCUUUAGGCUUACUUGUCAUUGUCAAGUACCUGACCACUAAGCAACUCCCCAGGCCUUCCUGGCUCCACUUCUUGUGACAACGGUCAUCCUUUUUCCUCUGAAACAUUUUAGAGGCCAGAUACCUCCUUAGUCAUUUGCCUGUGGUAAUGAUUACGUAGCUGAUGAGAUAAAAAUCCUGUGUGUGUGUGUGUGUGUGUGUGUGUGUGUGUGUGUUACUAGAGAUCAGACUUAGAGUUUAGAGUCUUGUUCGUGCAAGGAAGGGCUCCGCCGUCAUCCUCAGCCCAGACAGAUAUUCCUUCAUAAUAAAUCCUCAGAGACUGAAGCUUUUACACUAACUAAGCUUGACGGGAAGAUUUCUACACUUAUAAAAUGUUAUUCUCAUUUUUUUUUCUUCUGAUACAGCAUUUAUUUAGUACUUUCAGCCCUGUCAUAUCUCAGUCUAAAAAUGUUGGACUAUGGUCUGGGGAGGUGGUUUCCUAGUGAGAGAGGAAUGAAGCUACCCCUGGAACAUCCUCUCUUACCUCCAUCAUCGAUCCUCCCCUCCCCAGAGUGAGCCCUCCCUGCCUUCACUUCCUAAUUGCAGAAAAUUAAAGGGAAUGAAACAUUCCACUCAAGGGUGGAGGGGGUGGGGAGCAGAGGGAUGGCUCAGCAGUAAAGUGCUUGCUGUGCAAGUGUGAGGUGCUGAGUUUGAAUCCCCAGAACCCAUGUAAAGCUGCCUAGCCUGGGCUACACAGUGCAGCAGCAAACAGUAGAAACAAAAUGGGAGGUGGAAACUGACCCCUAAGAUUGUUCUGUGAGCCACAAGUAUGCCAUGGCGCGCUCGCACAUACACACACACACACACACACACACACACACGAAAGGGUAGUGGUACUCUAAAUGAAAUGGUAUUAAUACUUCAAAGUCACACCAUGUCAUUAAAGCAUUAAAAAGCUUUCACUUA